AUGACGGUCAAAUACCUACAGUCACGCCUACUCGAUGCCGAUUGGGAGCGGUCACAAUCUGGUACAAGCCGCAACAUGGAGGGUGCAUACAACCUCAAUUCCCAACCCUCCCACCCUCUUCGCUCCGGUUCCUGCCAGUCACUUACCUGCCGUUACUGCAAGAAAACUGGUCACACCAUUGACGAAUGCUUCAAGUUGAAGAAGAAAAAAGAGCUCGAAGAAAGCUCUAAACGGGAGAAAUCCGUCAUCCAGCCUUCGGUGCAUGUCUCCACCAGUUCCUCUGCUGAAAUGACUCCGACCCCUACACCACCUCCUGCCCCAUCAGCCCCUCAAUCCGUACCUGAUUCCCGGUACGUUGACAUUGCUGUCAGCACCAGCCAUCACCCCAUCUUCUCCACAUGGACUCCUCUCGUCGCUGCUGUCUUCAUUCUCACCACCCUCCUCUUCCCUUAUGGGGCUCCCUACGCAUCGGCAUUCACGGCCUCCUCAUCCAACAUGGUCCGGACCUCGUCGUGGCUGGUAGACAGCGGCGCAUCCUCCCAUAUCUGCUCGGAUCUCUCGCUGUUUUCGUCUCUCCAGAAGCCAAACGAAGAUAUACCUGUUCGUUUUGGUGGUGGAGAGACUUACAAGGUCUUGGGAGUCGGCACGGUGGUGGCUACUCUUCGGUCACAAACAUCGGAAACCACCAUUCAGCUGGACAACGUUCUCCCUUCAUCGGUUCACAACCUGCUCUCUGUUCGUGCACUUGGUGCUGCCGGUAUUGCCGUCUCGUUCCCCGCUGCUGGGCGCGUUGUUCUCACAGCUGAUGAAGCUCCUAUCGGCGAGGGUUAUACCCGCAAUAAUCUGUUUUACCUUCACCUGCAUCAUGGGAGCACUGCUGCUCCUUCUAUCAAGCCAACGGCAUGUCCAGUCUCCACCACCACCUCCUCAUACCUCUAG